UUGCCUCUUUAUAAUUAUAUAUAUAUAAGAGCCUGCUUGCUUUACCCUCCGGCCUGCAGCCUUUUGCUAGAGAGAGGAGAGCAGUAGCACACACCCCCCCACACACACACACACGCUGCGCGCAGGGCCUUAAAAGUAGCUUCAACACUGCAGGCAUCUUGUCUUAUUGCGCCAUUAGCAUCUUCCUCCUCGAGCGAGCUAGUGUUUAAUGCGCGAAUGCUCCUCCCUCUGUUGCUCCAAUAUAUCCACACGCACACUAGCCAGCCUAGCAUCACCACCACCACCGCCACCAGCAGCAGCAGCAACAGCGGCAGAGUGCUCCCCUCGGCUUACUUGCGUCCCAUUGAUUAAAGGUGGCAAGAUGGAUCCUGGCUUGUGCAACGACAUGAUCCUAAGCGAGAUCGCGUGGAACAGCGGCGGUGGUGCGGCCGGUGAUGUCGUUAAUGUUAUGGACGGGAGCGGCGCCAUGACGGUGCUGGAGAGGCUGGUGCUGGACGAGGCGCUAGCGGCCGCGAUCAUGGAGCUGCAGGGCAUCCAGGUGCCGUGCGGAGGAGGCAAGGCGAUCCCGGCGCCGAUGGCCGCUGGAGGCGGCGGCCUCGCAUUCGGCGCUACGGGAACGGGAACGGGACCCGUCACGCCUGCCUACGCGGAGGUUGACGGGAUUGUCUUGCAGCGACAGCAGCAUCAACAUGGCCAUCAGGGCGUGAUGGGGAUGCCUGUCGACUACGACCUCGUACCAGCACCACGAGCUGUCACGUUGGCUACUGUACCAGCUGCAGCACCUUCCUUCACGAAAGGCGCGGCUGCCGCCGUUGACCGCGCCGGCAUCGUCGAUGCGGCCGUCUUCCACACCGGCAAUAAGGCGCCGGGGACGACGAGGCAGUGGGACCAAGCCAAUGGUGCUGCCAAAAGGCAACGCCGGUCAAGUAGAAAGAGGAGAGCCGCCGAUGCACCAUGCCCGGCGGCCGACGGGCACUCCCAGUCGCAGGAGAACCCUCUCUGCAGCCUCCUCGCGUCCACCAGCACCGGAGAUGGCGGCAUCCAGAUUGCGUUCAGCACCGGCGGCGGUGCUGCGCCGUGCUCCAAGCGGACGAAGCCGUCGCUGACGCUGAGCAGCACCUCGUCCAGCAUCAGCUUUGACGGCAGAAGCUCCGUCAACAACGGCUGCGACGACGUCCCUCGGUACGAACCGGACACGGAGGCCCUGGCGCAGGUGAAGGAGAUGAUCUACCGCGCGGCGGCGAUGCGGCCGGUGAGCCUCGGCGCCGAGGAGGAAGACACCGGCGAGCGGCCAAGCAGGCGCAACGUGCGCAUCUCCUCCGACCCGCAGACGGUGGCGGCGCGCCAGCGGCGGGAGCGCAUCAGCGAGCGGCUGCGCGUGCUGCAGAAGCUCGUCCCGGGAGGCGCCAAGAUGGACACGGCCUCCAUGCUGGACGAGGCCGCCAACUACCUGCGCUUCCUCAAGUCCCAGAUCAGGGAGCUGCAAACCCUAGACCGCCGGAAUUACGGCGCUAACGCCAUAUUGAACAGCAGCAGCACCACAACCAUGGCGCCACAGAUGAGCUACAAUAACAUGCCGGCCUUCGCCUUCCCGGCGACAGGAGCCAGCGAAACCCUAAGAGGAGGAGAGGAGGCUUUCAUGAGCAGCCGGUUUUGAUACAUUAUUGAUCAUCAGGGACAUACACUUACGCAAGUGUUUUCAUGUGUUGUGUCCACCAAUGUAAGACCAUGCAUCGAUCAGAUGAUAGAUCGACCCAUCAUCAUUAGCUACUGAUUAGGGACGGUCAUGUCGAUCCAUGAAAUUAAUCAUGAUGUCGUCGUCUUAACCUUUCUUCA